CUCAGUCCGGUUUUGGAGCCCCCAACGUUGAGCGCGACUCGCGGAUUGCAGCAGUAGUUGUUGUUUUUAUCGUUGUUGAUAUUUAUUGUUGCCGUUGCCGUUGCCGCAGCCGCUGCCGCUGCCUAAAAAAAAUCCCAUUUACCCAUAAAUAUCCAAGUGCGUCUCCGUGUGCAUGCGCAAAAAAAAAAAUUAAAUAGCCGACGGCUCUCAAGUGCAUUUUGUGUGCGAAUUUCCCAGUAAACAACAAAUAAUAUACACAUAAACAGAUGCAGCUGAAUAUAACUAAAUAUAUGAUCAAAAGUGUCCAAAAUUGAACUGGAAACAAACCUGGUUGCUGGUGCUACUCGUCUUAAGGGGCAACAACUCGGCGUAAUUGAAAUUGAAUCUCUGCUUGGUGGAGGCGUUAACUAGACGAGACGAAACGACCAGGAUGGUGCUUGUGCUGAACGGUGUGCUGCAGGAUGACUGCCCGAUGGAUACAAACAGCCUGUUCCUGCAGCAUCCUGUCUAUAGAGACUAUGCACAGCAGCUGCAUUCCAUACAGGCCAAGUCUGUCGGCCCAGUGGGUCUGCUCUAUGUGGGACAGCGGGAGCUGGCCGCUGCCGCACCGCACGACAAGAACAUCAACAUCAUUGGGGCCGACGAUGCCACCACCUGUAUUAUUGUUGUUGUGCGGCAUUCAGGCUCUGGUGCUGUGGCAUUGGCGCAUUUCGAUGGCAGCGGCGUGGAUGAAGCCGUUUGCACAAUGGUGUCGCGUGUCCAGGAGCUGGCGCUGGGCUAUCCGGAAGGACGCAUUGAGUUGCAGCUGAUUGGUGGCUAUCGGGACUCGCAAGGCUAUGGCGAGGAUGUGUUCUAUAGCAUUAUGCAAUCAUUCCACAAGCAUCACCUCGAAAUCGAUUUGACGCAGGCUUGCGUGGGCGAGCUGAACACAAUGCUGCGCGGCGAGAUCAAUUGCCCCAUCAUCUAUGGUGUGGGCGUUAAUAUCAAGACUGGCGAGAUUUUUCCGGCCUCCUUCCCGGACCGAGGACCCGAUCGACAGCUGCGCGACGCGCGCAUCUUUAUGGGCUCACAGACGGUGCUGGACGUUUAUGACUCGACGCUGGGCAUGCUGCGCAUCGGACCCUUCAAUUAUGAUCCAUUGCGCGGCGCCGACCUGUGGCUGUCGCAAACAGAUGAGUUUCUGCUGCAGCAUUUGUCCUCCAGUCCCGACGUGGAGCCGCCGCACUUUGCGCCACAGAUGCGUGCCACCAUACGAUUUAUACAGGAGAACCAGUUUCCCGCUGUCACCGUUUUCAGGGAUAAUCGACCCCGUUAUUAUAGACGCGAUGAUGCCACGGGCUGCUGGGUUUUGGUUAGAUAUUAAAGCUUAAUUUAGUUCUUAGUUGUUACGCAAGUAGUGAAAACCGUUUUCUUGUCGAAGAACUCCCUAAUACAUCUCUACAUCACAUACCGUCAAUCAGACAUCAAUCGGUGCAUGUGUUAUUUUCGUCAUUUCCCGAUUCCCGAUACUUGAUUCAUGUGUGUGUGUUUGUACUUUAACUACCUGCAUAUAUAAAUAUAUGUAUAUAUAUAUAUGAACAUAUAUAUAUAUGUAUACUUAUCUCUAUACCUUCUACGUAUAAUCGUUGCUUCUCUGCUUACAUUUUUGCAAUUUAAUUGUUGAGUUAAUUGUUUUUGGCUGUAAUUAAAUUCGAUGCGAUUGCAAUUGCAA